GAGUUUCAGUCGUGCGUGCAGUCAUCUUUCCAGCACACUGUGGACAAGCUGCACAGGCACGUCAAGCCAAAGACCGGCAUUGAGACGGGGCUCCGCGACGACCAGGGCAGCUCCACUAAUCUCCAGACCAUCAUAAGUCGCAAGGGUGUGCUGUGGCAGAAAAAAUGGGCUUCCAAGAUACCUUACAACGGUUGCACCCUCUCCUGCGAGAAGCCCCACAACGAGCUCGGGACAAUCCUUGGCCACCUCUUACAGGCGAACAG